AUGGGGGAGAUGCUGCAGUGGAUCAAGCUCUACUUUGACCGCACCUGCGAGGGCGGCGGCUACAAUAGCGCGGCGCGGCGCUUUUGUGAGAACCCGCCGGACUGGGCGAGGCCCUUGGACGGCUCGGUGCUGCCCUCCCGGCGUGUGUCCAGCACCGCGGAGCCCAAGGUGCUGAGACCAGGGCGGCCCAGCGUUGUCACCCAGCGCGAGGCACGCGAACGCGGGGCCGACGUGGCGGUGCUCCAGGAUCGAUCCCGGAGCUGA